GAUAACUACCAAGAAGCGGCAUUUUCCACGGUGAUACGGAAUAUCAUCAGUCGGAAGUUUUGUGCGAUAAAGCGACAAACGUGCCUUAUAAUCCAAUAGCAUCACCGUCUCUCUGAAAUACGACAAGGGAAGGACAGUGGGCAGUGCUACAUGAUCUUCACAGAACAGACACAAUGAGGAACUUCAAAAGAGGGCAAGGCGGGAGGAAAGGAGGUCAAGGUGCGGCAAUGGGCAAAAGUAAAGGUGGCUAUGGAGGCAUGAUGGGAGGUCAAGGUGGUAUUAAGAGCAGAGGUCAGGGUGGUACGAUGGCAGGUCAGGGUGGCAUGAUGGGAGGUUAUGGAGGUAUGAUGGGAGGUCAAGGUGGCAUUGGAAGUCAAGGUGGUAUGAUGGGAGGUCAAGGUGACAUGAUGAGAGGUCAAGGUGACAUGAUGAGAGGUCAAGGUGACAUGAUGAGAGGUCAAGGUAACAUGAUGGGAGGUCAAGGCAGUAUGAUGGGAGGUCAAGGUGACAUGAUGGGAGGUCAAGGUAACAUGAUGGGAGGUCAAGGUGACAUGAGAGGUCAAGGCAGUAUGAUGGGAGGUCAAGGUAACAUGAUGGGAGGUCAAGGUAACAUGAUGGGUGGACAAGGUGGUAUGAUGGGAGGCCAAACUGGGAUGAAUAUGAUGACUGAACAAAGUUUUGGUAGUGGUGGCAGCAACCAAAUGGCAGACAGCAGACAAACAGCAUUUGUUGAGCUCAUCCAAAAACAAAGUGAAGUUAUAGAAAAGCUUGCCAGUCGUGUUGGCAUCUCAAAUGAGGUUAAUACUGGUGCUGGACCAAGGCACAUGGGCCCACGAGGAAGAGGAGGCCCCAGUAUGAUGAGCCCACGAGGAGACGCAAUGGCAAUGAGGGGAGAUGGACCCAGAGGACCAAUGUCUGGGUCCUUCAGGGGGAUGGGAGGUGGACCUAGAGGACAAUUCCAGGGUGGUCCAAGAGGACCGGGUCCAUUUCAGGGUGGCCCAAGAGGGUCAUUUCAUGGUGGCCCAAGGGGACCUGGACCAUUCCAGGGUGGUCCAAGAGGACCGUUCCAAGGAGGCAAUGAAAUGAAUGAUCGAAAAUUCUUGAAAACGUGUCAAAUUUAUCUUGACACCAUGAAGAAAAAUGUGCCGUCUAAUGAGGACAAGUUGUCCGGUUUCUGUGUCAUCUGCAGCCACCAGUCAAAGAAUAAUCAAGGUUUUUUCAAUCAUCGGAGGAACGAGAUGCACUUACGUCAAGAGGCGAGGAUUGCAGAGAUGCCGGAGAAGAUCCGGAGGCAGAUAGACAAAGUUGUGAAUGAACUGUAUGCUGUCAGGGAGAAGCACAAGUACCUCAUGUACUGUUCUGUCUGUGAGGAGAAACUGUCUGUUCCCUACUCUGACCACAAGAACAUGAUUACACAUACGACCAAAGCGAAAGCAGUCCGUGCUGGAUGUCAGAUCUGUAAGAGUGGUCCUAUGAAAACCUACAAGCAGUUCAAGGAGCACUGUUACACUGAAACCCACAUUCAGGAAGCAGACAAGUUGGACAAGAAGAUGGAGGAGGCAGUUGAUGUGAAAGACUUACCACCAUUUCAAGAUGGAGUUGUAUACGUCAGCAAACAUAUUGAGCCAAUAUUGGGCUUCUAUUGCGUCCUGUGUCGCAAGUUCCUGAGGGACGAAGCAGAAAUGGAGAUCCAUCUACAACUGGAGAGACACUUCAACCAUGUGAAGGACGAGCAUUACAACAAGAGGAAGUCUGACAAGAUAGACUGGGGGGACUACACGCCAGUAGCGGAGGAAGAAGAAGAAGAGGAGGCUGACAAGACCAAUGGAUCUGCUGCAAACGAGGCAGCCAUGACAGAGGAGGAAGGUAAAGAAGCCAAAGAGGAAGAAGACAUGGAGACAAUGGAACAGGAAUGGUAGAUGGGGACGUGACACUCCCGGAGGAAAUAUGAACCAGCAAGAGCAGAUUGAAUUACAUUGAUCUGUGGCUUGUCUGCCAAAGAUUUGGAGGUUUUCAGACAGCAAGUAACUGGCAUUGAAGACCUGUCUCUUUCAUUCUUGAUUCUUUUUGUUAAGUCUUCUCAUAGGUAUUUGCAUAUGCCCUGACGCAAUUUCUACAAUAUUUUUAUUUUAUGUAUCAAUGCAUCUAUGAAUGUUGAUAUCUAUGUGGGAUGAGAAUAAAUACAAAGAGCCAUAUUGAGUCAUUUACUUUGCUAAUUCUUUGUUUUUGAAGUGUCAAGUUCAUCAUUAUUUCAUAAGGAACAUCAAAACUGACAGACAUGUUUGAAGAUGUUUUAGUGUUGGCCAAAAGGAAUAUAGCAUCCUAGCUUCAUCCCCAUCUUUUCCAAUGAUAAAGUUGUCUUCAUCAUCCUUUAAGUAGGCUUUAACUGACUUGCAUCAAAUUACUGUGGGCGGUGGGGUAGCGAAGUGUUUAAAGCGUUCGCUCGUCACCACGCUGAAGGCCUAGGUUCGAUUGCCCACAGGGGUACAAUGUGUGAAGCAUAUUUCUGGUGUCCCUAGUCGUGAUAUUGCUGGAAUGUUGCUAAAAGAAGCAUAAACCCUUAAUAACUCGACAGUUACAAAGAGAGAAAUUGGGGGGGGGGGGAAGGGCGGUUGUUGUUGUUGUUGUUUGGGCUAGACAAAAAUCAACUCCUACUGGUUUGGGGCUGAAAAAGGGACAUUCUCAACAUUUUGUUUUGCCUAAGCAUGUCAGUUGCUGUGUAGUGCUUGGUAGGCAUUGUGUAGUGUCAGUGCACACAGUAAAUAUGGGUACAUUAUCAGUCAUUAAUGCGGAGUCGGCAUGUUUAGUGUUGUAGAACCUAUUGUCACUGAUCAUGUUCUGAUGUUGUGUAAGAAAGCUGCCACGAGAUGCUUCAUAUGGAUUCAUUCAGUUCUUAUUAUUAAAACUGAACUUGAUGAAUUCAACAUACAAUUUCUUUAAUAAAGUAUGUCGUUUGUC